CAGUGGCGACAGGAGCGGCAGCGGUGGGAGCGGCAGCUAAAAGGGCAGUGGCAGCAGUGGCUGCAAGGGCAGUGGCGGCAAUGGCGGCUGCAAGGACAGCGGUGGCAGCGGAAGCUGCACGGGCAGCGGCGGCAGUGGUGGCUGCAGCGGCAGAGGCGGCAGCGGCAGCGGCGGCAGUGGCAGUGGCUGCAGUAGCGGCGGCAGUGGUGGCGGCGGCAGCACAAGCUGCGUUAGCUGCCGCUGCAGUAGCGGCAGUGCCGGCAGCAGCUGAGGUAGUGGCAGCGGCGGCAACGCAAGCGGUGGCAGCACAAGUGGCAGCAGCGCAAGUGGCAGCAGCGGCAGCAGCGGCCGUAGCUGCAGCUGUAGUAGUGGCAGCAGUGGCUGCAGUGGCUGCAGUGGCGGCUGCAAGGGCAGCGGCUGCAGCUGGCGGCUGCAGCGGCAGAGGCGGCAGAGGCGGCAGCGGCAGUGGCGGCAGUGGCAGCGGCUGCAGCAGUUGCGGCAGUGGCAGCGACGGCAGCACAAGCUGCAGUAGCGGUGGCUGCAGCAGCGGCAGUGAGGGCAGCAGCUGCGGCAGUGGCAGCGGGGGUAGCGCAACCGGCCGCAGCGCAAGCAGCAGUGGCGCAACUUUGGAUGGCUCCAACUAUGAGGAAUGGAGCGGGCGGAUGAGGAGUGCCUUCAAACGCUACAAGCUACUGAAGAUUGCUGUUGGGGAGGAGAAGAUGCCGGAAGAAGGCAAAGCACGUGAACGGUGGAUGGAGAAAAGCGCGGUGCUUUUCGACCUCAUCCUUCAAUCGGUCAACAAGGAGAUGUUCGAGCACAUCAAGGAUCUUGUGGAAGCGGAUGAUUCAGGUCCAAGGGCGUGGAAACUACUACGCGAUGAAUGGAAGCAGCAGCAACAGAAGCUUCCAUCUACACCGCUCAUUGUGGAGGCAGAUGAGGUGCAGCAGCCUUCAAGACAGGUGGAGGUUGCAGUGUCUGAGGAGGAGAUGUCUGGGUGGGAUUGGAGUACAGUGGAGUGAGGCAGCGGUUGCAGAGAGGUGCUGCGGAUGUGAAGAGUGGAGAGAUACUCUUGAGUUGCUAUACUGACGCUAGCUUCAACUCAGUGAAAGCGGACGGCACCAGCAUUGGGGGUUAUGUGUGCUUGCUAGGAGGUGGUGCUGUGAGCUGGCGCAGCAAGAAGCAGAAUGAGAUGGGAUUGUCCU